GUAGAGUAUAUGCAUGAAUAAAACAUGGCAAGGCGUUUGAAUGCAGCUACGUUCAUCAUAGUAGUCUCCAGUGCUACGUUCUGCGGAGCGGACUAUUAUCGUGGAGGCCGAAGUGUAAAUCAUAAUUACGACUUCACUAAGUUGUUCGAGCAGAACAAGACCGUAUGGACUUAUUUCUCAUCUUGGAAUGACACUUACACGUGCAAGAGAGAGGUCAUGAAAAACAUAGGAGGGAGCACUUUAGAAUUGCAAAUUUUUUACAGCAAGAACAACCGAACCCACAAUUACACCGUUAAUGGUACGUUAUCUAACGUUCAGGCCAAGGGCAGUCCAUUGAACGCAAUUUACAUGAAGGACAAUACUGGAGACCGCUUGAAUAAGGAACUUAUCUUUGCCACUAACGACUACAGCUGCGCUGUUGUUUACAUUGAAAGUUUCUAUGGUCCACAGUAUGUCACGUUCGAUCUUCUUGUAAAGGAGUCCCGUGUACGGAAAGGUCCACGCCGUGCAUGUGUAAGAAGGUACAAUAAGCAAGUCAAAGGACGUGUUUUUCAUCAAGCAAAUCGAACAUUAUAUUCUUCGGAAUGCUCAAGCCAAAUAAAGGCACCCUAAUUUCUAUGAA